AGGUGGUGUCAUCUUCCCAUUUGUGAAAAUUAGAUGAUGAGUUUCAGAUGCUGCUGAAUUCAAACAAAUACAUCCCGCUCUGGCACCUUCUUAACGUCUCUACAUCUAAGAUCAGGAUCAGUAGAAUCUAUUUUUGUUUCUGGUGAUCUCUGAAGGAUAGAACAUGAGCUAUGAACAAGAUCAAAUCUUCUCUCCUGAAUUCACUAACCACCACCAAGUCAUUCAAUGACAUCAUUAAACGCCUCUCUUCUCAGGGUUCUCAUAGUGAAGUACUCUCCACAUACUCUUCUAUGCUUAGUGUAAAUACUCCUCCUGACACCAAUACAUUCCCUAGUAUCGUCAAAGCUUGCACGUCUCUUGAGCUCCUCUCUCUUGGCCUCUCAAUCCACCAACGAGUGGUCAUUAAUGGGUUCUCUUCUGAUCCAUAUAUAGCAUCUUCUUUGAUUAACUUCUAUGCUAAGUUUUGGUAUACAGAGAUUGCUCGAAAACUGUUCGACAGAAUGCCUGAGAAAGAUAUAGUUUCUUGCACUGCCAUUAUUGGGUGCUAUUCGCGAGUCGGGGACGUUGAUAAAGCGUUUUGUUUGUUUAAUAAGAUGCGAUAUCAAGGGAUUGAACCCAGUUCGGUUACCUUGUUAAGCAUGUUAUCUGAGUUAUCAGAGAUUAAACAGCUGCUAUGCUUACAUGGCUGUUCAUUUUUCUACGGCUUUAUGUGUGAUAUAGCUCUGGUUAACUCUAUGCUGAAUGCGUACGUAAAAUGUGAGAGCCUUGAGGAUUCGAGGAACCUGUUUGAAUUUAUGGAGAAGAGGGAUAUGAUUUCAUGGAAUUCCUUGAUUUCAGGCUAUGCACAGAUUGGAGAUGUUAACGAAACACUACAGCUCUUUUGUCACAUGAGAAGUGAGGGUUUUAAGCCUGAUCAGCAGACAUUUGGUGCUGUAGUGUCCGCAACUGCAACACAAGGCGAUCUUGAAUUGGGCAAGAUAGUACAUGGGCAGAUUUUCAGAGCUGGAUUUGAUUUACACCUACAUGUCAAAACAUCUUUAAUAGCUAUGUACUUGAAAUGUGGCAUUGUCAAUGUUGCUUUUAGGGUUUUUGAAUCCAGCAAAGACAAGGAUGUCGUUCUUUGGACUGCGAUGAUUUCAGGCCUGCUGCAGAAUGAUUGUGCAGAUAAGGCAGUAGGAGUUUUCUCCCAGAUGAUGAAAUCAGGAAUUAAGCCAUCCUCUUCAACAAUAACUGGUGUUCUUGCGGCUUGUGCUCAACUAGGUUCUUCUGAUUUGGGGACCUCAAUCCAUGGUUUCUUGUUGAGGAGAGGACUCAAAAUGGAUAUCCCUGUUCAAAACUCCCUUGUUACCAUGUAUGCAAAAUGUGGCCAUUUGAAGCAAGGUCUUGCUGUGUUUACAAGGAUGGAGAACAGAGAUUUGGUUUCUUGGAAUGCCAUAAUAUCUGGAUAUGCCCAAAAUGGCAACUUGUCUGAGGCCUUGUCAAUCUUCAACAAGAUGAUGGUAACCCAUCAAAGACCUGAUUCAUUAACAAUCGUCUCCCUUCUUCAAGCUUGUGCAGCCUCUGGCACUUCCCAUCAGGGGAAGUUGAUCCACAAUUUUGUCAUCAGAACUUUUCUUAGACCCUCCAUCUUGGUUGAAACAUCUUUAGUUGACAUGUACUGUAAAUGUGGUGACCUACAUACAGCCCAAAAGUGUUUCGACAGGAUUUUACACAAGGAUCUGAUCUCAUGGAGCACCAUAAUUUCUGGGUAUGGCUAUCAUGGCAAAGCAGACACAGCUUUGAGGUUAUACUCGGAAUUGCCACAGACUGGCAGAGAACUCAACCAUGUGAUUUUCCUCUCAAUUCUCACAGCUUGUAGCCACAACGGACUUAUCGAACAGGGUUUAAACCUAUUCCACUCCAUGACUAGACAAUUCAACAUUGAACCAAAACUUGAACACCAUGCCUGCCUUAUUGAUCUUCUCUGCAGAGCUGGAAGAGUAGAGGAAGCAUAUGAGUUUUACAAGAAGAAUUUCUCAGAUCCUGCAGCUGAUGUUUUGGGCAUACUCCUAGAUGCUUGUCGGGCCAACAAGAACUCGAAGAUUGGGGAUGAAAUUGCUAAGGAUGUCCUGAAGUUGAGGCCUGCAGAUGCUGGAAACUAUGUACAGCUUGCUCAUUGCUAUGCUUCAAUGAAGAGAUGGGAUGGUGUGGGUGAGGCAUGGAUGCAGAUGAGAUCUCUUGGAUUGAAAAAGACACCUGCUUGGAGCCUUAUUGAAAUUAGUGGGAUAAUUACAACAUUCUUCAUGGAUCAUAACUCACAUCCCCAGUUUCAAGAAAUAGUUUUGGUGUUAAAAUGUUUGAGCAGAGAGAUGAAGAAAAUAAUUCAUCCAUUUGAAGACCACGAAGAUUCAUGAUUGAUAUCAUGGAAAAACUUAAGGCAAGUGUACAAUUUUAAUCUUAUACUUUGUUCUUAUUAUAGUUCAUAUCAUUUUUUUUUUGUUAUGA